UCUCUAGCAUUAUUUCUUGCUUUUCAUUUACUUCUCUCUUUGUUUCUCUCCACAUUUUGGAUUUGGCAUUCUUCUGUUUCUGUUUCUGUCUCUGUAGUGACAGAAGCAGAAACAUUUGUUUCAUCUACCAAUCUUUCAAUUCUUGAGCUUGUUUCUAUAAUGCACAUGAGUUCUUCAUAGAUUAAGCCCUGCUUCUUCUUCGAGUUUUCUAGCUGGGUUGAGUCAGCUACUGAGAUUUCAGAGCUCUGUCCACUGCCUUGCGUACACCAGAAGCAAAAGACAAGUAAAGAGAUAUUCUUACUUUUUUAUCAAACAAACUCCUUUAAAUCCUAUUCAGAUCUCAUGUGUUUCUUUUAAAUCUAUAAACAAAUCAUCUUCUACUUCUUUUUUUCUCCUCUGCUUGUGCUCUGUUUUCGCCUACUAUAACAGAACAAGCCACAACCCACAAAAAUGGAUCGUUUUACGACAACUGCAAUAAUUCCUGAUGCGUUUCAAGGUGCUAGAGAUGAUAUUUCCAUGCAGUUUUCAAUAAUUUGGGAUCAGAUCAAAGCACCAUUGAUCGUCCCUCUGUUAAGACUAGCAGUUGCCAUUUGCUUGAUCAUGUCGUUGAUGCUCUUCAUCGAGAGGCUAUACAUGGGCAUUGUCAUUAUACUAGUGAAGAUUUUUGGCAGAAAACCAGAGAGACGCUACAAAUGGGAGCCCAUAAGAGAUGAUGUUGAGUUGGGCAACUCAGCUUAUCCAAUGGUUCUGAUUCAAAUCCCAAUGUACAAUGAACGAGAGGUCUAUCAGCUUUCCAUUGGAGCUGCAUGUGGACUCUCAUGGCCAUCUGAUCGUAUCAUUAUUCAAGUUCUUGACGAUUCAACAGACCCAGUAAUCAAGGACUUGGUGGAGCUAGAGUGUCAAAGAUGGGCAAGCAAAGGGAUAAAUAUUAAGUACGAGAUUAGAGAUAAUAGAAAUGGUUAUAAAGCUGGAGCUUUGAAAGAAGGCAUGAAAAGAAACUACGUGAAAAGCUGCGACUACGUAGCCAUUUUCGACGCAGAUUUUCAGCCUGAGCCUGAUUUUCUAUGGCGAACUAUUCCUUUCCUUUUCCAUAAUCCUGAAUUGGCUUUGGUUCAGUCUCGUUGGAAAUUCGUGAAUUCUGAUGAGUGCUUGAUGACUAGAAUGCAAGAAAUGUCUUUGGAUUACCAUUUCACUGUGGAACAAGAAGUGGGUUCCUCUACUUAUGCCUUCUUUGGCUUCAAUGGGACGGCAGGUGUAUGGAGAAUUGGUGCACUCAACGAAGCUGGAGGCUGGAAGGAUAGGACCACCGUGGAGGACAUGGACCUCGCCGUCCGAGCUAGUCUCAAAGGCUGGAAAUUCUUGUACCUUGGUACUCUUAAGGUGAAAAAUGAACUGCCUAGCACAUUUAAGGCUUACCGCUAUCAGCAGCAUCGGUGGUCUUGUGGUCCUGCUAAUCUCUUCAGGAAAAUGUUGAUGGAGAUUAUCAGAAAUAAGAAGGUGACAUUAUGGAAGAAGGUGCAUGUGAUAUACAGCUUCUUCUUGGUGAGAAAGAUCGUAGCUCAUAUAGUAACAUUUAUAUUCUACUGCGUCGUUUUGCCUGCAACUGUUUUGGUACCUGAAGUUGAAGUUCCAAAGUGGGGAGCUGUAUAUAUUCCUUCAAUUAUUACAAUUCUCAAUGCAGUUGGAACUCCAAGGUCACUACACCUGAUGGUCUUCUGGAUUCUUUUUGAGAAUGUUAUGUCAUUGCACAGGACUAAGGCUACCUUCAUUGGGUUGCUAGAAGCUGGCAGGGUUAAUGAAUGGAUUGUUACUGAGAAACUAGGAGAUGCUCUCAAGACCAAAGCUGUCAAAGCACCAAAGAAACCCAGAUUUAAAUUCGGAGAAAGGCUUCACCUGUUAGAGCUUGGAGCUGGAGCUUACUUAUUCUUCUGCGGCUGCUACGACGCUGCUUUUGGGAAAAAUCACUACUUUUUAUACCUAUAUGUGCAAGCAAUAGCCUUCUUCAUCAUGGGAUUCGGAUACGUGGGCACAUUUGUUCCUCAAUCUUAGUGUGAAAGUUGGCAAAUCCUUCAGCUUUAUCCCUAUGGAAAGUGAAAUUCUUUUUUAUAGCUUUUAGCAUUUGUGUAAAAAAGAAAGCACAAAGUCAUAUUCUUUUUAAGUUUUGAAGUAUAAAUAGUGGAGUGCAGGACUUGGAGAGCUUAUAGUUUUCCUUGUGAAUAUCCAAAUACAUUUAAGGAAACUACAGGUCGUAUUGGUUAUGUUGUUCUUGGGAUUCAUAUUGUAUACAGAUUGAGAGGUUCAUAAGGAGAUAUUGAAGAAAGAAGCUUCUGGGUUUUUACUCAAUUAGAUAAAUCAAACAUCUUCAAAUGGAUUGUAA